GACUCAAGCCAGAAGAAGAAGAAGAAGAAGCCGAAGAAGACGAGGAAGACGAGGAAGACGAGGAAACGGACAGAGACAUUAAUCAUUGACGAGGAUGAUAUUGUAACCUCUUGCAGUUAUUAAGAGGUUGUGCAAUGGCCAACAUGAUGACAGAGAGGGAUGAACCACAGACAGACUUUAUCUACUGCUGUAGAGCCAUCACAGAGGUUCUUAAGUUUGGUUCCUCUCAGUUCCGCUCUGGACACAAGGUGCUCUUUCUCAUCAUUCCAGGCAACCCAGGUGUAGUGGGCUUCUACAGGACCUUCAUACAAACACUUCACAGUAUGUUUGAAUACCGUUACCCUGUGUGGGCUGUAAGCCAUGCUGGCCACUGCACACCGCCGUCAUCCAUGGACAUGGUAGAAGAUGCCUCUGCAACAACAGACAGUGAUUUGUUUGGCCUGAAUGGGCAAAUUGAGCACAAACUGGCCUUCCUCAGAGAACAUGUUCCCCGGGACACCAGCUUAGUCCUGGUUGGCCACUCAAUCGGCUGCUACAUCAUUCUGGACAUGAUGAAAAGAAAUCCUGAACUCAAGGUUCUGAAAGCUGUCAUGCUUUUUCCUACAAUUGAGCGCAUGGCUCAGACACCUCAAGGAAAGGUCUUGACCCCUGUGCUGUGUCACAUGCGUUACGUGGGCUACCUGACUCUCUUCCUGCUUUCUCUGCUGCCUGAUAGGCUCAAACUUGGACUCAUCAAACUGUCUUUUAUUGGCAUGCGCUCACUGGAUAACACUAUAGUGGAGCCCACUGUAAAUCUCCUCGGUGGAGACAGUGCAGCCAAUGCUUUAUACAUGGGGGGCCAAGAAAUGAAGAUGGUUCUGGCAAGAGACAACAUAACUAUCAAGAAACAUCUUGAAAAGCUUAUUUUCUAUUAUGGAGCUACAGACCACUGGUGCCCUGUUCAAUAUUAUCAUGACAUCAAGCAGGACUUUCCACAUGGAGAUUUCAGACUGUGUGAAAAUGGUUUCCGCCAUGCCUUCGUGCUGGAUGCAGGACGGGAAGUUGCCAAAAUGGUGGUAGAAUGGAUCCAGGGAGAUUUAAAGGGGAAAUGAAGCACUCAAUCUAGUAAACAGCAUUUGAUUUGGACCUGAGUUCGUCUGCCUGAAUUAUGGUCAACCACAAACUUACUAUCAGGGAUCAUGGAACUGAAUUUAAAAUGAUGUAAUACUGUUGAAAGUAAUAUGUGUAUUCAUUUUUGAUAUAUAUGUUGUUUAUAUACAUAAUAGCACAUGCUGAGUUUGAAUUGGACUAAAAAUAACCUGAAAUCUUUUACAACAACUGUUUUAAAGUGGUGGCACUGUAGAAGUUUGGGGGUGGAGGAACAUUUGCCUCUUUAAAAUUUUACUGACUCUAUUCAGUAUAAAUUUCCAAAGACACAAUGACAGACCCUCAAUUAUACUAUUGUAGCACUUUUGAUUCACUAAUUCCCAUGUACUGUGCAUUACUUGAACACAAAAUGUGAUGUGGAUUCUUUCAUGCCUUUUACUACUGUACAGUGAAACAUCAGAAAUGCCUUCUGUACAGUCUUGUGAACAACUAAGUAUAUUGAUGCACUCAAUAAAGUAAACAGAAUUUGA